CGCGUCUCUAUGAGGCCCAUAUUCCAUUGCCAAUUACCGACCUCUCAACUCAACCUCUUCAAAUCCCCAUUUCUCUCUCUCUCUCAUACGCCCAAAACCCACGCCUCUCUCUCUUUCCUCCUUUCAAUUCCUUCUCUCUCUCUCUUUUCUCUUCUUUCUUUCAAUCUCCAAGUUUUUUUCUUUUGAUCUGAGAAGAAUUUUGUGAGAAGUUUGAGAAAAAUCGGAUUCAGAAUCAAAAGAUAUGGCUCAGAGAACGGAGAAGGAAGAGACGGAGUUCAAGGUUCACGAAACCAUAACUCUCUGCGUCAACAACUGCGGCGUUACAGGAAAUCCGGCUACAAACAAUAUGUGUCAGAAGUGUUUUAACGCGUCAACCUCAUCGUCUUCUUCUUCAUCGGCUACUGUAACGACGACGUCUUCUGUUUCUGCAUCGACGGUGAAUUUGAAAUUUUCAGCUGAGAAAAUUACUCGGUUUUCAGAGAGAUCUGAUUGUUUUACAGCUGAAUAUAGUCGUAAAACGACGGCGGAUAGCUCCAGAUCAGACGAACCGGUUUCUGCAAAGCGAGUUGUAAAUCGAUGCUCCGGUUGUCGGAGGAAAGUCGGUUUGACUGGUUUUCGGUGUCGGUGUGGUGAACUUUUCUGCGCUGAACAUCGGUACACAGACAGACACGAUUGUAACUAUGAUUACAAAACCGCAGGUCGUGAAGCCAUCGCUAGAGAAAAUCCAGUCGUCAAAGCAGCGAAGAUCGUUAGGGUUUGAUUUAUCGAUCCAUACGUAGAAAAAAAGAUAAAAUUAUCAUCAUCAGAAAUUCUCUAAACAAAUUCCGAGAAAGAAGAAAACACAUCAACAACAACAACAUCAACAAAAAUCUAUAAUGAUCGAUCGAUGAAUAUUUACAGGGGAUCAAUCUCGUGAUUGAAUUCCCCCGAUCUCCUUCUCGGAGAUUGAUUAUAGAGUCUUCUUCUUCUAAGGAGUUUUUUAAGUGAGAGAAACAUAGAAAAAAAAAAAGAAAGAAAGAGAGAGAGAGUAAAAGAUUGUUAUCGAAGAUCACAAAUUCUCUCUGAUAAUUAUCUUUUUUUUUUAAUUUUUAUUUUAAAAUUUAAAUUUGUUUGUGUUGUUUGUCUCUCUUUCUUUUCAUUUCAUUUCUUUUUUUUUUCUUUGCUUUGAUUUGAAAUGAAAUCUUUAUUUUCCA